AUGACUCUCAUUCGCGUUGUAACGGCGCUCCUUGUCCUACUUGCCCCCGCAGUCGUUGCUGUUGCGCCCGGCGUGAUCCAGGCUCAACAGUUCGUCAACAGUCAUUCUCAGAAACGAUUACUGGUCCUCGGUGUCGACUACCAGCCGGGAGGAGCCGCUGCUUACAAUCCGGAAAACGGACGAGAUCCCCUCAGCGACGGCGAUGCUUGCUUGCGCGAUGCUGCUAUCCUCCAAAUGCUAGGCGCAAACACUAUUCGGGUCUACACUGUCAACCCCGCGACCAAUCAUGAUCUUUGCAUGUCCAUCUUCAAUGCCGCUGGUCUCUAUGUGAUCCUCGAUGUCAACUCGGCCCUUCCCGACGAAAACUUGAACCGCGCUGAUCCCAAAUCCUCCUAUCACCGACAAUACUUGGAACGUGUCUUCACUGUCAUUGAGGCCUUCAAAUACUAUCCCAACACUCUGGCUUUCUUCGCGGGGAAUGAAGUCAUCAAUGAAGAUGCGGUGAUCAACGUUGGUAUUUACCUUCGGGCUAUCAUACGUGAUAUGAAGCAGUACAUUUAUCUCAAUUCUGAUCGCAAAAUCCCUGUUGGCUAUUCUGCUGCCGAUAUUCGUCCCAUUCUAGAGGAUACCGGGAAUUACCUGUCCUGUGAAAUUGCAGACUCACCUGGAUCCGGAAUCGACUUCUUGGGCCUCAACUCCUACUCCUGGUGUGGCGACGCCUCUUACACCAGCAGCGGCUAUGACAAGCUCGUCGCACUGUUCUCGGGGGCUUCCUUCCCCGUCUUCUUCUCCGAGUAUGGCUGCAACGCAGUCAAGCCGCGCAAGUUCACCGAGGUCGGCGCUAUUUACGGAGAGCAAAUGACCCAGGCUUUGGACGGUGGUCUUGUUUACGAAUUUUCCCAGGAGGCAAACGAUUAUGGCCUCGUCCAAUUGAACGAUGACAACUCCGCCACCCUCCUCACUGACUAUGAUAACCUACUGAAGCAAUAUAGGAAACUCAAUAUCACUCUCCUUGAAUCCCUUGACCCGGCCACUACCAACAUUAAGCCGGCCAGGUGUUCCUCCGAUCUCAUUAAAGACUCAAAAUAUUUCGAAAAUAAUUUCAAGCUUCCAGAUCCACCUGACGGCGUCCCCGAAAUGAUCAAGAAUGGCAUCCCAAACCCUCCCAUGGGCAAGCUUGUCAACAUCACAGAUACCAAGCCGAAAUACGGUGUGCUUGAUUCUAACGGCCAUGUGUUAAGUCUGGAGAUAAAGAUUCUCAACGACUUCCAAUCCAACGUUCCCGGGCAGAAUAUCUCUGGCGUACCAGGUCCUACCGCGGAUAAUAAUACAAAGAAGGCUGCUGCCAACUCCGUGACCAGCUUCAAUACACUGUCGCUUGUUGCUCUUCUGACUGGAUUGACUCUGCUCAUAAUAUAG